AUGGUAAUCCACAUGACUAUCAACGAUGCUGGAAAUGAACCUGAUGGAGUGACAGUAGACCCCGCGUUUCCCUCUGAGCAGCAAAAUGCUUGUGCUGAGCCGGCGAAGAGCAGCGAGCUCACAGAGCUGGUGGAGAAUCGGGGGAAAUGCCCCAUCGAGGCCAAAAACAAGGACAAGCACCGGAGCCUCCUCGAAGCGGUGUUCCACGAUCCCAAUUUCAAAGUUCACGAAACUGGGCUUCUUGCACCUCUCACAGGCCUAAAUAUGGCAAAGUUCCGGGAGGUCAUGAGGAACAUCGGGGUCAAUGCCAACGAUGAGGAUCUCAACGUCAUGUUCAUGAAGGUGGAUGCCAACUGCGACGGCAAAGUCUUUUGGGAGGAGUUCAAGAUGUACUUACUGCUGGAGAAUGAAGCAAGAGACUCCAUGCAUAAGUCUCUCAGACGCUCCUACUUUCCAGAACAUAUAAAGAUCCUGCGGGAGUCUAUGCAAAGGUCCAAUAGCAAGGCCGUCGUGGGGCUGCAGUUCUACCCCUUCAAGCACCCUCAGGCGCAGGAGGAGCAGGUCGCCUCGGGCGGCUGGGGCGACGACAUGGGAAAGACCCGCAUCGAGCCCGGCCAGUACAUGUCCAUCACGCAGGACGGCAAGCUCAGCUACUGGACCGAGAACCUGAAGCACAUGUACACUCUGAAGACCCGGCAGCUGGACGAUCUGAAGCAAGCCCAUGCCGUGCUGUAUCAGAAGAUCUGGGUGACGCACAUGAUCUGCAUGAGAAACGUUGACCUGUUGGCCAUUUCCUCCACCAGCAACCAUUUAGAAUUCUAUGACAUCAGCGCCAGGAAGUGUACCAUCGCGUUCACGCUGACCGGGGUGGAGCCUGUGACGGUCAUGGACUACUGGUCCGACGGUAAACGAGCCGUGUUCUCCGUCGGGGACGUGAGCGGCUGCGUGACCAUCUUCACGUCCCGCGACGUCGUCCAGAACGGCAUCUUCAACCGACGGACCUCCAAGACCGGGAGCAACUGUCACAUAGCCAUGGCAGACUUGCUGAAAAACAAAUCCCACAAUCACUUCUGCUUCAAAGUGGCCAUCCUUGGGUGCACCUGCCAGCAGAUCCGCUUCCUCGCCAAGCUAAACGUCGUCGCUGCGUGCGCCGCGUUCGACAGGACAGCGAUGGUGCUGACCAGAGUGCCCGACUCGCACAAGAGCGAAGUCCACCACUCCAUCUUUAAACUGCCAAAGGGAAUAAUGUGCUUCGAUUACUCCCCGGAGCUGAGCAUUCUGGUGACAGGGGGAUCUGACAGAAUCGUUAGGGUCUGGAACCCCUAUGUGACCAAAAGGGCUUGCUCUCGAAUGGAGGGUCACUUGUCCGUCAUCACAGACAUUGUGGUCAAUGGCAGGGACAAGAAGGUCAUUAGCCUCUCCAAAGACAAGAACCUGCGCGUCUGGGACCUCCAGGAUUACACCUGCCUCCAGAAGAUCCGGCCGAGCGAAAUACCCAUGGGCCGCCCGCCCGUCACCGCCAUCCACUACAUGCGCGACACCAACACCCUGGUGAUCGCCACCAGCCUGAUGGGCGUUCUGCAGGGAGAGAUGGAAGACCUCAACGCGCGUCUCAAGGAGAGCACGCACAAAGACCCCGUAUGCGCUGCUCUCUACAACGCGCACUUCAAACAGGUGGUGAGCGGGUGCUACAGCGGGGUGGUCUGCGUCUGGGACAUCCUUACGGGGGACAAGGCCAUGGAGUUCCACACGUCCCCGAACCUGGACAUGGAGAUGACCGCCAUGGCGUUCGACGGGCCCCAGCGCCGCCUCCUCACGGGGUCCAACGACGGGAUGGUGCGCCUCUGGAACUUCAACAACGGGGUGCUGCUCUUGAAGCUCCCCGUGCUGGACAGAAACGAGGUAACAGGGAUUCUUCACUUCAACAACAAGAUCUACAUGGCAGGCUGGAGCAAGCGCGUCAUCUGCUACAAAAAUAUCCAGAAGGAGGUUAAGAUGGAGUACAGCUUGUGGAAGCGCUACCACACCGAGGACGUGUACUCCAUGGACGCCUACGGCAACAAGAUGCUGGUGACCGCCUCCCACAACGGUGACAUCAUCGUGUGGAACACGGGGACGGAGGAGCCGCUGUGCUGGUUCAACGCCAGCCAGAGUCCGCGGCCCCUGCUGCUCGAUUCCUUAAAGGACAAAACCACCGAGCCGAGGAGGGGGACCCCGAAGCAGGUGGAGCAGGCCCAGGAGAGAGCUAGUCCACAGAGACGAGGGACCCCAAAACGGUCAGGAUCACGGGCCAGCAGCGGUCAGAUAGAGCCGGUGGUGCAGGACGAGGGCAUGGAUGCUGAGGGGAGGGAAGGAGGCCAGGAGGAGGUGGAGGAGGAGCCGCUCAAUCUCCUCAGCCCGGAGGAGCUGGCCAAACCCACCAUGGCCGUGGAGAAGGCACUGUUCCUGGGCACGCGAACCCCCGGCGCCGACACGGCGAUCCUGCUGACCACCACGGUGGACGGCUACGUGUACGCGUGGUCCGUCUGCGACCAGGGGGGGCUGCUGGGGAAGUUCAAACCCACCCGAGGAUACGACGCCACCAUCAGCGCUAUGUCCACCGACCCCGCGGACCGGAUACUGCUCACCGGGGACAGCCACGGCUUCAUCGCGCUGUGGGACAUCGAGGACUACUGCUGCAGCAUGGCCGACGAAAAGAUGGUCACCAAGGAGACAGGGGGCGCGCCCAGCCUCUUGCCCAAUGACAGCCAGGAGGAGGGGCUAAGGAUGUUGAUGAAUGUGAUGAUGGAGGAGGGGGAGACAGAGGUGAAGAGUCAUCAGGAGUGGGACGGACUGGGGAUCCGCGUCGCCCCCCCGAAGCUGCUCACCUCCUGGCAGUGCCACCUGAGGAGGGUCAUACACCUGGAGUACGUGGAGCACCUGGACCUGAUCAUCACGGCCAGCCUGGACUGCAACGUGCGCCUGUGGACGGUCUCCGGCACGUACAUAGGGACAUUUGGCCAGGUGCGGUGGCGCGUGGAAGACCCCGAAACCUUCCCCGCGGAGCUGCCGGCAGACCUGAAGAGGCUGGGAGCCGCCCAGUCCAAGGAGCUGGACGAGGAUGGCAAUCCGGAGGAGCCGUGA